CUCACAUUUGAGUUAUACUGUAACAUGUACUCAUUGACAAUUAUUUACGAAAAGGCAAGCUAUGGCUAGUGAUAGGGAGAGUGAGAGACUGUUUUCCCUGCGAUUGUCCCGGGUGAUCGGGGAUAUCGGAGUCAACAGAUGGAUGAUUGCCAGGAGGAGGAAAACAUACCUGAGGAGGGAGAUUAUAAUAAAUGUUCCAGCCAUGUUAAGAGAUUGCAAUAACACUAAUUACAUAUUUGGUAGCCAGACUGAGGCCACAACAACAGCAGGGAUGGAAUCUGAUACUGACUUCUUGCAUUGUGAUAACACAGUUUGUGUGGCCCUUGACUGGUGUUACUGGCAACAUGGAAAAUCUAACCUGCUGGUGUUAAAGAAUGAACUCACUCCUCCUCAACACUGCUACUUGCAGAGACUCAGAAGGGACUGCCCGCUACCGUCAGAACAACUAGAAGGUCCUGAUGAUGUGCAGGAUGUGGAUGGUAGAAUUAUAGUUUCCAAUACAAGGGUUAAACGACAGGACUUAUUACAACAACACAGUGUAUCUGGUGAAAUAUUUCGACAUGGUCCAUCAAUGACAUCUGAUGAAAAGUUUGACCAUGUCCAGGCAUACCAUUGUGACCAGCUACCGAAGGAAUGUAAGUUCAUGUUCAACAGACCACGCCCUGGACACUGGCCAAGACCGGACACACUGGUCAGGGCCAGACAGACUGGAGUCUUUCUAGUGCCACAGGGCUACACUGAGAGCCCAAGUAAACAAACAAUGUGUAGAUCUACAGCAUUCAUGGUCCCAUCAAAAUUGACCAGUUAUCCUUAUUCAAAAUAGCAGUGGAGGUUUUCAACUUCAUUGAUGGAACGAUUUUUAAUAUUUGAUUUUAGCCCUGUUCAAGUGAAAGUAUAUACCCUUACGAAAAUAAUAAGAAAAACUUUUCUAAAACCUGUGUUUGGAGACAGAUUCAGCA